UCUCUUUGUGUCUCUCGUACAAAAUGUGUAUAACAUUUAUCAAAACUGCAAAAUCUUCACUUGACAAAUACAAGCUUAUUCUUUUAAAUAAUCGAGAUGAGCAACUUCUUCGGCCAACAAAGGAAAUGCAUUGGCAUGAUGGAAUAUUGAGUGGCGUUGAUAAACAAGAAAAUGCACGUGGAACAUGGUUAGGACUGAAUGAGAAUGGAAGAAUUGGAAUGAUGCUUUCAAUUACACAAACUCAAGAGUCAAAGAACUUACAUGCACCAAGUAGAGGAGGAAUAGUGAACGAGUUUUUGAAUGCUAAUGAUACUUCGAAAAUGAUAGAGUCAUUGAAGAAAUGUGCAUCAAAAUACAAUGGUUUUCAAUUAGUUGCAGUUGAAAAAAACUCCACCGGUUUGUAUGAAGUUCGAACGUUGGCCAAUCAACAAGUGGACGAAAUUGAAGUUUGUCAACUGAAGGAUGAGUACCAUGUCGUCUCAAAUAGUCCACCUACAAAACCGUAUCAAAAGGCAGUCCAAGGCAAAAAACUUCUGAGAGAACACCUUGAAAAUAGUGACCAAUUCAGUGUUGAUCAAAUUUUUGAGAAGUUACUUUCGAUUGCAAAAAAUACGACACAAUGGUAUCCAGAUGCUCAGCUACAGUAUCAAACACAGAAUGUAGAAGAGUACAAUCGUCCACUCUCUGCGAUAUUUAUUAAAUAUCCAGAGGGAACAAGAAUGUAUGGGACCCGCUGCCAUACACUAAUCACAGUAGAUCAAAAAGAUAAGAUUAACAUUUUGGAACGACGACUUCUCCCUGAACAAUCUACUUGGCACGAUGCCAGAUUUGAAUUCGUCCUUAAUGGAAGUUGAUAUCUUUUAUUCCUAUUUCUCACCCUAUAUUAUGUCAGUGUUUCCGUUCAUCUUAUUUAAACUGGAAAGUCCAGUUUGUUGUCUUCUGCCAUUCCGCCGUUCCUUUCUGCAUUUGUCCUUUCAUCACUUAUCACUCUUAUUUUAGUGUUUGCCAAUCCAUUUUCGCGCAAUAAAAAUGAUUUCCCUGAAUUGACUUAAACGGUUUUGCCCUUUUACCGCCUUUUUCCUCCUCAAACUAUCCGCGCCAAAUAC